AAUGGUGUCCAGGCAACAUGGUGGAAAUGUGAUGUUUCUUAGCAGCUAUGAGAUAACUACACUUUUAAGGGUUACAGACAUCUCCGUUGUUCUAAACUGGAAUUUAAAACAUCUAGAUACAAGGAUUCAUUUAUUGGACUCACGCAGCUCUCGUUUUAGGGUCAACUAAUGUAUAAAAUCGCCACUUGAAAUGUCUAAACCUGCAUUACUAUCACUUCAACAAGCGCUGAGGAAAAGCUUCCAGAGUCUGGAAAACAACCACAAAGUAUGGAAGACUGUGUUGUCCGAGUGCAGCCCCCUCAUGGGGUCUCUGGGGAACUUGGCAGAGCAGUGGAGAGCGCUGUCCAACGUUCAGAUCUCCAGCACACCGCUCAAAGACUUCCCAGACCUGGAGGAACGGCUGCGUUUCAAACUUCUACAAGCCACGGAUACAGUGCUGGGGAAACUCAAUGAAAAGAUGUCUGCUCUCCAGUCUGUCAGAGACGCCGUCAGUAACCAGGUGUCUGCAGCCUUCCAGCUAUAUGAACAGAACACAGACAGUCUGGACCUGCUCACUGUAACCGAGCGCUCGGCCACCGCCCCGUCAGCCGCUGACAUGCUGGAGUGGCUGCAGGAUGCCGAGCGUUACUAUCGACAGCAAUUCCUGAGAAGGAAGACUCUCCUGCAGACGCUCCGAGCAGACAACCUCUCCCUACUGGAAUCUGCUCCCAAGAGAUGGAAAUCUUUGGAGUCUUCCAGUGCACAGGACCACAUCACAGAUACACUUUGCAAAGUGUCCUUCUUUAUGGAGCCCCAGUGAACAGAGUGGAACUCUCUCUCGCUUGUGAAUCUGAAAGUAUCUCUAUGAAGAGGCUCGAAGAGAGGAGCGGGAUUAUUAUAAUAACCUCAGAUGGAUGCAUUUGCUGUGGAUAUUAGUAUGAGGACUGAUUUUUUUUUUUCAGGUCAGGUAAAAUAUUAGAUCUGCAGCUGAUUAUUCAGAAUGAAGAAGAGACUUGCUACAUAUCAGGCGAUGCCUCUAUCUGCAGAGAAGGACAUUGUGGCAUCAUUUCAUACUUGAAUGCUCUUACAGGAACAGUCACUAUUGUCUGUGAUAGUCAAAAUGGCUCAAACCGAAUGUGUUUUUGAGAAGAAACCAGCCCACACAAGGAUAAAGAUAAAAACAUUAUUGGUGAAACACGGUUUAACAAACUUGUUUUAUUUCACAAUUUUGAUUUAUGCAAACUCAGUCAAAGCUUAAUGUGACAAAUCGAGAGGUAAUAACAUUGUCAGAGAAUAAUCACCACAAUCUUUACCACACAAGCCAUCAUUAAAGCCGUUUGUAACAGUCA